CCGAAAACACCGUUUCCAAGCAGGCGGUCUCAAUUUCAUACUUUUCUUCUCGUAUCACUUCGUUUCCGAAGCGAUACAAACACACUAACAACCAUUGUUUUGGACUGAACAUCUUUAUUUUAGCAGAUACUAAAGAGAUGCUGUUUUUUAGCCGAAUUAAAGUUUUAGAAAUGCGGUAACGUUAAAGUGAAGAGAAGAGCUGUAACUGGGGCGAGGAGGCUGGCGCUGGGAAUCUCGCCUUUCUACUCCCACCAUUGCCAAUAAGAAAAUAAACUAUUAAGAUUAUUAUCUAUAAAUUUCUUAUUGAUUGGAGUUCAGAUAAUUCUGGAGUAUUGAUUGGAGAGGUUCCUAUAGUGUGUGACUGGACGUGCCCUCUCGUGGCAUUUGCCGGUGUGGCACUGCACCGUGCACCGAUUAGAUGUUGCCAGGGAGAUGAGGAUGUGCUGCGGGCACCAGGAAGGACGGAUUUUGACGUGAUGGGGUGCAGGACAAGCAAAGUCCUCCCAGAACCACCCGGUGACGUCAUACUUGACCUUGUCAAAAAGGUAGAGCCGCAUCAGACGGAUGUCUACAAAAACUUUAUCAAAUAUGAUGGUGGGGGGGAGAAAACAGGCUCGCCGUCCCCUCAGGGUCAAAGCCAGGCUGUUGCAAAGGUGAGCCAAUCCCCUCCACCGGCUAAUGACCAGCCAGAACCUGCCGACUCACACCGGAAAAAAGUAGCCAAAUACAGAGCCAAAUUUGACCCUCGAGUGACUGCCAAGUAUGACAUUAAAGCUUUGAUAGGUCGGGGCAGUUUCAGUCGGGUAGUACGAGUGGAACACAGGAGCACACGGCAACCAUACGCCAUCAAGAUGAUUGAGACGCGCUACCGUGAAGGCAGAGAAGUAUGUGAAUCUGAACUUUGCGUCCUACGACGUGUGCGCCACACUAAUAUUAUCCAGCUAAUGGAGGUUUUUGAGACGGCUGAGCGGGUCUACAUGGUGAUGGAGUUGGCCACCGGUGGAGAGCUGUUCGACCGCAUUAUCACCCGUGGGUCUUUCACAGAAAGGGACGCCACACGGGUUCUUCAGAUGGUUCUUGAUGGGGUGAAGUACCUCCAUACAUUGGGCAUCACACACAGGGACCUAAAGCCGGAAAACUUGCUUUACUACCAUCCUGGUGCUGAUUCUAAAAUUAUGAUCACAGACUUUGGCUUGGCCAGCACUCGAAAGAAAGGGGACGAAUGUUUGAUGAAGACUACCUGUGGAACACCCGAGUACAUCGCUCCUGAGAUACUCGUUCGCAAACCGUACACUAAUGCAGUAGAUAUGUGGGCACUUGGUGUCAUAUCCUACAUCCUGCUCAGUGGAACCAUGCCUUUUGAGGACGACAAUCGAAUGCGUCUGUACCGACAGAUCCUCAAAGGAAAAUACAGCUUCUCUGGGGAGCCAUGGCCAAGUGUUUCCAAUUUGGCCAAGGACUUCAUCGACCGCGUCCUCACCGUGGAUCCUAAUGAGCGGCUCUCUGCGGGCCAGGCACUCAAACACCCUUGGAUUGUGAGCAUGGCAGCUUCCUCCUCCAUGAAGAACCUGCACCGGUCCAUUUCCCAGAAUCUCCUGAAGAGAGCAUCAUCACGCUGCCACAGCACCAAAUCAUCCCAGUCCACUCGCUCCAGCCGCUCCACCAAGUCCAGCAAGGCACGACGCCUUCGUGAAAAAGAGCUGCGAGAGCUCAACCGCCGGUACCAGCAGCAGUGCAACGGUUAAGAGCAAACAAGACAGCGUUUACUUUAGGAAAAACAGUGGAGAGAGCAGAACAACUUCCUGCUCCGUCACCACAGAGCCAAUUAGCAGAAAACCUCCGUCUAAAACUUCCCUCGUUUUCUAUUUUUCUGCUGUCUUCCUCUUGUUUAUUACCUUUUAUGUGAGUGUUUUAUUUAUUUAUUGCUGGUGUAUUUUCAUGUUUGUGUUGACUUUGGAAAUGAUCUCAUUCAGCAUUUUACCUGAUUGUAUCUGUUGAACAGAAUUUUACAAACGUUGCUGGAAGGACUAAGAAUACACCUUCCUGAUUUUGCUGUGAAUUAUUUUGUUAUGGUACCCAGCAAGAGGAUCGCUCUUCUGAUGGGGGAAAUGUGCUGUUUAUUCAUUUUUACCAACAAAUCACUAGACAUAGUGGCAGGUUUUUUUUUUACGUUAACGUUACUUUGAACAUGAGGGAUGGUUAGAAUCAAAUCAUUGGUAACUGCUCGUUACAUUUAGAAUCAGUCUGCUGUUUAAUUAUAACAAUGAGCCUUAAUGGUAUAGAUUGCCAAAAAAUGAAAAUGUUUCUAUCAUUUACUCAGCCUUACUUUGUUACAGAUUUGCAAAAGGGGUUUUGAUGAACCAUUUCGACACAAAAAUCUUCAUUUUGUAAUCUUCCUUUGCCUUAUUCUGAAAUAUGUACACUGUAAAACCCAAUAAGUUAAAGCAACUCAAACUAUUUGAGGAACUCGAUUACAACAAACCAUUUAAGUUCAAAAACUAAUCCUAAUGAGUACUGUGAACUUACUCCAUUUGAGUAAACGAAGCAAUUUGAGCACAGUAAAACACAAUAGAUAAGAACUCAAACCAACUGAGUACUGUAAAACUCAUUAAGUCAACCCAAACCGUUUGAGAAAACCGAUCGCAACAAACCAUUUAAGUUAAAAAACUAAUCUAUAUGAGUACUGUAAACUUACUCCAUUUAAGUUGAAGUAAUGAGGUAUUUAAUUAACUCAUUACCUUCAACACUGAGUUCAAAACUCUUUUCAAAUGAGUAGAAUUAACUUUCAGUCAAUUUUGAGUUAACUACACUCAUUUCAUUUGAUAAAGUUGACUGUUGGGUUUUACAGUAUGAAUAAUAUUUUUAAAAAAUGGUUUUGGACACUUCGAUAACUACAGAAAUAUCCAUGUUUUUGGUUUCCUCGCAUUCUCUUUCAUCUAAGCUUGUCUUGGACAAUUUAUAUUUCUCUUUUUGGUUAAAUUCAUUAGUUAAAUUCAGCUAUUUUUAAGCCUGCAAAAUAUUCUUUUAUCAAAGAUUAGUUAAAAACAACAAAAUUUGAAGUUACUUAAGGGGUUCAUAUGUGAGUGUUAAGGCUGCCAUACAUUAUUUGUUCAUUUAAUUUCUACAAUAUUAACUAAAAUAAUCCAAAAUGACUUUUGAAAGACCACUGUGUACAUUUAUAGCCUUUUUUUCCUCUCUAAAAUUUUAAGUAUGUGCUCAUAAAUGUAAGUUAAAUGGGUUUGGAACAGCAUGAAGCUGAGUAAAUGAUUACAUGAAAAAUGGCAGUUAAUUUACUCAAACGUAGGCCAUUCAAGAUGUAUGUUGACUUUUCUUUAGUAGAAAUGCAAUACCUGUGGUUCUUGAUGAUACAUAUAGAUUUUAUGGAGCAAAAUUAUUUACAUUACAUUGCAUUAUACCAUGUGGGUGCAAACUCCAAUGUGAGCCAAUACUGUGUGUUUACAAUGGAAAAGGAGGACAUGUGUUGUAUUGUUCAUCAAAAUGGUCUAUGAUUUGGCUUAUCCUGGAUGCUGCAACCAGCAUAAAAGGGUAAGAUUGUUGUAUCAUCACUGAUACACCAAUCACUAUAAUAGUAUAUAAUUGUGUAUAAGAGUUUACCAAGGAUCACAGUUUAAGCUAAAGAUAAUAUUUGACAUUCUAAUAAAGGAAAAAAAAACCUUGGAUGGGCUAAGAAUGAGUAUAUUAACUGUAAAUUUUCAGUUUUAGAUGAACUAUAUCUUUAAUUUGGUCCAAAAAUAUCAAGGAGCUCUACACUCUACACAAUAUUUAUUCUAAAUAAGAUAGCUGUCCCUUUUUUUGUGACCCGCAUAUUAUAAGGGCCAAAAAUGGUAGUAUCAGUUGUUUAUACCUGUCAAAAAUAGUUAAAAGGAUCUUGAGACUUGACUUUAAAGUUUAAAGUCAAAAUUCUGUCAUGAUUUACUCACCCCAAAGUUGUUCCAAACCGAAAGAAAAAAUAAGAAAUUCAUCUUCGGAACACAAAUUAAUAUGUUUGAACCAAAUUUCCGUCCCUACAUUGAAAGUCUGACCUUUUAAAACAUUCAUAAAGACAAAUCAAUACGAAUGAAGCAGUUUAAUCCAAGUCUUCAGAAGAAUCACGAUCACUGUAUAUAAUAAACGGAGUGUAGUCUUUUAUUAACAAAUAAAGUACAUGUUUGAAACAUAAUAACAAACCUCAUUGGAUCUUACAUAAGCUCAAAGGUGUCAUGUGACACUCCAAAAUGAACCUUAUUGGUUCUCUCCUGUCAAGCAAGCAUUCCAAAGCUUCAAUUGCCAGAUUUGAAAGUAAACACUGCUUGCUGAUCAAUGUUUAUAUGCAAAAAAAUUAACUUAAAUUUGUUCAGUUCAAAAAGUGAUUGUGUCCUAUUUUUUUAAUCUCUAUGAAUGUUUUAAGCUUCAGAGUUUGAGUGAACUGGCUUUCAAUGGGGGUACAAUCAGAUUUGAUUGAAAAUAGCAUUAGCACUUUACAAUAAAGUUUCAGUAGUUAAUGAAUUUACAAACAUAAAUGAUGAACAAUAAUUUUUUAUAUAUAAUUCCCAGGUUCUGCUGGUUGCAUUUUCAGUGCCAAUCUUAAACCAAUUGUAAUAAUUUGUUUUGGGUCAACUUGAAAUUUCCCCAACCACUGCAGAGCCUGGGGGACCAGAGUGAGUACUCCGACUUGGCCCCACCUUGAUCCCGAUGAACAAUACAUUUAUUACAGUAUGCAUUCAUCCUUGUUAACAUUACCUAAUUGAAAAUAAAGCCACUCUUUGUUAGUUCUCAUUAUCUCACAAUUCAUUAACUAAUGUUAACAAACACAAUUUGGAUUUUAAUAAUGCGUUAAAUUUUGGGGUGAACUAACCUUCAAAAAAGAGACAUGGGCUAUUGAGUUUUGACUAUGAAUCUUUAAAUGUGGUCGGUGAAAAAACCUGCAGUGAUUCUUGACUUCUGCAGUUGGAUCUGCCUGUUCAUGUAUUGCAGUAAUUAAUAUCCGAUGCUGAUUGCUCUCUCAGUAUGGGCGGCCGGUAUUGGAAAGCCCUGAAUCACAAUCGGUUGCUUUCUCUGCCACCAGCUGUUGUUUCUUGAGCAAGACACUGAACACCAUGAAGGCCUUUUGGCAGAUUCUCACUCUUUCCCCCCCUCUGUCAGAAACCAGCAGCGAUGUGCCAAAGAAAUUCCUGUGUGCCUGAUGUAUUAACGAGGAACAUUUGGUGAGAUCUGACAUAUGAUUCCUCACGAAAAUAAUUACUGAUAAAACUGUGAUGAUAUGAAGAUUUCUCAAAAUGUGUUCUUAGAUCAUUUUUUAUCUUUGUUUUUAUAUAAAAGUGUAUAUCAAAAAUUAAAGAGAAAAGGGAAUCUGUAUUUGAGUUUUGUGAUUCCAUUUUAUAGCAAGUGCCUUGAAUUUGUUUCGCUGUUGUGAAAAAUAUUUUGGAAAAAAUUGGUGGACACUUUUUGAUAACGUUUUGAUUUUUGGUUUCCUUCACUUUGAAAAAGGCUGGGUUAUUUUAACCCAAUUCUGGGUGUAAUACGGACUAAACUAACUGCUGGGUUGAUUUUUUUCAAAUAAAAUGUAUAAGACUAAAUUUAACCCACUAUUUGGGUUGUCCAUAUUUGUCACAAUUUGGGUUUAAAUUGGUAACACAGUGUCUCAGUGGUUAGCACUUUCGUCUCACAGCAAAAAGGUUGCUGGGUCAAGUCCCGGCUGGGUCAGUUGUCAUUUUUGUGUGGAGUUUGCAUAUUUCCGCGUGGGUUUCCUCAUGGUGCUCCAGUUUCACACACAGUCCAAAGACAUAGAUAGGUGAAUUGAAUAAACUAAAUUGUCCGUAGUGUAUGUGUGUACAUGUGAGAGUGUUUCCCAGUACUGAGUUGCAGCUUGAAGGGCAUCCGCUGUGUAAAACAUAUGCUGGAUAAGUUGGUUGUUCAUUCUGCUGUGGCAACCCCUGAUGAAUAA